AUGAAGUCCUCAGUUAUCCUCGCCAUCAGCGCUUUCACUGCUGCUUCUGUCGCUCAACAAUCCAUCUCCGACCUUCCAUCAUGUGGUCAAACCUGUAUCAACAACAUGCUCUCCUUGGCUCCAGCUCUUGGCUGCAGCUCUCCUGAUGCUGCUUGUCUCUGCACCAAACCAGACUUUGCCUUUGGUAUCCGUGACUGCUCCAAUGAGGCUUGUGGUGCCGAUGUCGCCGCCUCGGUCAUCUCCUAUGGUCUACUCUACUGCGCAUCUGCAUCUGCAUCUGCCACUGCCUCUGGCUCCGCCGGCUCAGCUACUACUUUAGCUACCUCUACCGUCGGUUCUUCUUCCGCUCCUAGCAGUGGUGCAGCUGGUUCUUCUGCUGCUGCCAGUUCUUCUGCCAUCACAACUUCCGCUCUCCUCGCAACCAUCACCUCUGGUUCUGAGACACUCACAAGUACCGUUGGCUCCACUACAAUUUACGGCUCUGGAGGUGUUGGCAUUGUAUCCUCUACUCCAAUCUCUACCGAAGCAGUUGUCUCUACCGCUACCAGUGAUGGAUCUACCUUUGAAACUACCGUUGGAUCUUCCACCAUCUACAGCACUCCAAGCCCAACUGAUGGAUCAUCCGCUAUCACCACAUCUGAAAUUGUUUCAACUGUCACCAGUGGAUCUUCCACUUUUGAGACUACUGUAGGAUCUACUACCAUCUUCGGUGGUGGAGCUGCUUCCAGUGCCUCCUCUGUUGCUGCGAGCGCAUCUUCUGCUGCUGCUUCUUCCGCCUCUGAAAUCUCCUCAAGCGCAUCUGCCGCUAUUUCUUCCGUCGAAUCUUCUGCUUCCUCUGUCGCAUCCGCCGCAACUUCAAGUGGUGCAAGCAGGUCUUCAUCUGCUGCCAGCAGAGCUUCUUCCGCAACUUCUGCCGCUGGCAGCGCUGCAACCUCCUCUACCUCAUCCGGUAUGGCAGCUCUCCCAACCGGUGCAACUGGCUUGUUGGCCGCUGCUGGUCUUGCUGCUCUUCUUUUGUAA